GCUGGGACUCCAGCUCUGGGAAGUGAGCUGUGGAAGGCCACUGAGUUUGCACCCUGGCAGCCUGGAGACAGCUUUGACAGCGGCCACAUGAGUCAGAGCGGAGCCUACCCACCCACCCCCCCACUCCUGGCAGCGCCCUGGCAAAGGAAGUUUUUGAGGAGGAGGGGUCAGGGGCGGGGAGGUGGAAGCACCCACGCAUCUGGGGCUGACUCGCUCUUUCGCAAACUCUCUGGGAGGAGCCCCGGGGGCACAAAACUGUCUCCUUCCCUGGGCCAGACUGAGAGGUGCCCGGAGCCACACGGACAGGAUCUGCUGCCAGACAUGGGCCGCCCAAAGCUGCUGCCGCUGCUGCUGCUCUUGGUUCAGACCUGCGUUCCAGCCUCCUGGAGCCUGCAGUGCUUGCUGUGUGGGAGGACCGGGAAGUGCCAGGUGGAAGAGUGUGCCCAUGGCCAGGACCUCUGCAGGACCACUACCUUGCGCAUAUGGGAAGGAGGUGAAGAGCUGGAGGUGGUGGAAAGAGGCUGUGCCCACCCCGAGAAGAGCAACAGGACCAUGAGCUAUCGGACAGGCACGCAGAUCAUCACUCUUACGGAGGCCCUUUGUGCUACCGACUUGUGCAACCGACCCAGCCCUGGUCGGACUUCCACCUUUCCCCGAACCCGAAGCCGUUACCUCGAAUGUGUUUCCUGCGCCUCCUCAGAUCUGAGCUGUGAGAGGGGCUGGGAUCAGAGCCUACAGUGCCGCAGCCCUACAGAACAGUGUGUGGAAGUGGUGACCCAUCGGAGCCUGGAAGGCAGUCCAAGGGAUGAGCACCACACCCGCGGCUGUGGCAACCUUCCGGGCUGCCCGGGCCCCGCCGGCUUUCACAACCACCACACCUUCCACUUCCUGCAGUGCUGCAACACCACCAAAUGCAAUGGAGGCUCAGUCGUGGAGCUUCAAAACCUGCCUCUGAAUGGCCUCCAGUGUUACAGCUGUGAGGGAAACAGCACCCAUGGAUGUUCGUCGGAGGAAACUUCCCUGACCGCCUGCCAAGGCCCCAUGAAUCAAUGUCUGGAAGCCACGGGCACUAAUGGGCUGGGCAACCCGAUCUACACAGUACGAGGCUGCGCGACCCCCUCGUGGUGCCAGAGUCUCCAUGUGGCUGAAGCCUUCAGCCUGACCCAUCUCAACGUCUCAUGCUGUACUGGAACCGGUUGUAACCACCCGGUCCAGGAUCACCAGCCCCGCAUGGGUGGUGCCCCCCGGCCUGGUCCUGCCCACCUCAGCCUCACCACCACCCUGCUUAUAACCGCCAGACUAUGGGGAGGCACUCUUCUCUGGACCUGACCCCCUCAUACACUCCCCCUACCCUGGCUGGAUCCAGGGGAGCCCUUUGCCCUCCCCUCAGCUCCCAGCCCUUUAGACUUGCUGUGUGACCUCAGGCCAG